UCGAUAAUUUAUGCAACGAAGCGAAGCGCAAUGAUGCUUCACUACAGCGAAUAUCAUGAAUGAAACCCCUAACCACUACAUAUUGAAAUAGACACAUCAGGUGAUACAUACAGAAUUCACUCUUGAAUUUAUUAAUAAUGAAGACGAUGUAACUAUAAUGAAUCGGAACACCGAGUUUGCAUAAGAAUUCAACCAGAAUUUAGCUUUUUUUCAACGAUAAGAAGAACAUGAAUGGAUGGUUAUGUGUUUUGUCACGACAACUUACAUGACAUUUGCUGUAUUUCUCGGAAGCGUGGUAUUGUUAAAGUUCCAUGAAGCAUUGUGGUUUUGCCAUACCAGCAAACCUUUGUCGAUGUGAAUGAUAUUUGUCCUAUAAUUCUCUUCGAUAAUUUCGUUUCAAUCUAGUUUUGGUAGCCUAAACAUGGCUUGUGGCUAUUCAAAAAACUACAUACUUGUUGACAAUGCAGAUGGCCUUCAGGAAUCAUUGCGAGAGCUAAAAAGCUUCAAGUCAAAGGCUAACUUACUAGCCGUGGACUGUGAGGGUGUUAAAUUGAGUAGAGAAGGAGAGCUUACGAUUGUCACCGUGGCCACAGAGGAGAAAGCCUACAUAUUCGAUGUUGUAAAACUUAAGAAAGUACUGUUUGACGAAGGUCUUCGUGAAAUCUUAGAAGACAAGUCAAGAGAAAAGUUGAUGUUUGAUUGCAGACAAGAUUCAGACAGUCUUUGGCAUCAGUAUCAAGUCAAAUUGACUGGAGUUUUGGACGUUCAGCUUCUCGAAGUGAUGAAGAGACGUGAGGAAUACGGAGGAUCCAGUUUGAAGUUUCAGCUAUCACGUCGAAGCGGUAGAGGCAGUGAAGUACGUCGAAGCGAUAGAGGCAGCGAAGUAGAGAAAAUCCGUGGAUUCAAUUAUUGUUUGGAGUUGUAUACCAAAGACACUCGUGCAAUUAAUACCAAAGACAAAGGAAGGAUUUUGUUGCAAAGCGAUCGCAAUCUGUGGAAGCGAAGACCUAUUUCAGACGUAUUGCUUCGCUAUUGUGCAGUUGAUACCCUAGAGUUGUUCAAGCUGUACAACAAACUCAAAAGUGCCAAUGGGGAAGAGCUCUCUCGACUGAGACUUGCCUCAGAGCGUUACACCGAUCUCUUUCGAGGUAAAGCCGUUCGCAGUUUUGAUCAAUACGAAGGCAACGGCUUCCUCCCUUUGGAUGUGAUUCCUAGUGAAGAUGGGGAAGACAAUUUGACUGCGGAUACGUUAUGCAAUGGAUGCAAGCGUUUGUUUCCGCAGGAUGAAUUCAGUGAAUAUCAGCUUCGUCAUAAUGAACAGAAAUGCAGAGUGUGCAGCAGUUUGCGAAAAAGAAAACUGUAUUAUUAAAAUGCUGUUGAGAGGUUACUGAAGUACAACUAGGACUGCACUAAAGUGACUGAGGUAAUGAUGCAAUAAUGGAGCUUCUGAAAUCUGUACUUCUUAACUUAACUGAAUUAUUAGCAAUAUCAAGGAUGCUUUGAUUAGAAAAAGUCAUGUUUCAGAUUAUAAACUAUAAUACAAGGAACACUAUUGCACAUUUAUAUAUUGUUUACUACACAUAGGCUAUUAUAGCCGUACAUUUCAAGGCAAGAAUUGACGUACUUGAUUUAGAAGAGAGGAGUGCGUGCCUUGUCAGGGCUGGGACAGCAAUAGAUCGUUUGCCAAAAUGAACGCCACUCAUUCCAAGAUUAUUCUUCUCAACCCAAAGCAAAUUUAAACAUGAAACACUUUAGAGAAAAACUUAACUUGAAGCUCUACAAAAAGAUCAUUAGUUUUCAUUGAAAAUCCAUAGGAUGUAGAUUAUUUUAAUCAAAGGAAAUGCACAUGGGGGUAUGGCUACAUUUCUUUGUAAAUUUGUUAAUGAGACAUAUGGCGGCCAUUAAGGUAAAACAUCUAUUUUUUAGUUCCAUAUUCUUCACUUUACUUUCUUAUUACGUUAAUUAUACAAUUUAUUGAUUGUUGGUAUAUUAAUAAAUCCAAAAAUGUUGUCAGAGAAAAUAUCUCAAAUAGUAGAUUUGUAAAGAGGCAUUUAUGUUAUAAAAAGGACAGGAAGAUCACUCUGCA